AGAAGCCGAAAUAUACAUUUUAUGUUUCCAAAUGCCCGUUUUUAAACAUUGAUUUUGAAGUUUGAGCCGGAUGUCUUUCAUCUUAGAUUCUGUCCAACAUGCCUAGCAGCAGCUGAGACUCUCCUCCACAUACACACACACACACACGCACAUUUACAAAUCUGACUCCUAGUCCAAAACAAUGAGUGCGCACGACGCGCAGCUUGCUCCAAACCUCUCCAACAAAUGCGGACUUUUCCCUCCAGGACCACCCGUAGCAUGCGUCUCAAGGAGAAGGACCACGGGAGUAUAACUUGACAAUUAUUUGGAGUUUUUGUUUGUCUUUUUUCUCCUCUUUUAUGAGUGUGUAUGAGUCUGUGGAGAAACUAUGCCGUUCUGCAAGCGCACCAUUCUCCCCAAAGAUGUGUGCAAGCCCGACGGCGGCGGCGGGAAGCUGCGGGCGGAGGUGUUCGGGGAGCUGGCGGGCGUAUGCGGCUCGUCCUUGUGCUCGGUGCUGCGGCAGCUCUCGGAUCUGUCCCGGCACUCGGUGAGCAUCCUGGAGGAGCUGGAGGGGGAGCUGGUGUCCGUGUGCCGCCGCUCCGGCGCGCUGGAGGGCAGACUGGUCCGGCUGCAGAGGCACGUCGCCGAGCUGCUCAGCAAGCCCCCGCCAAGAGCCGCCAGCGGUCUCGAGGCAGAGAGCGGAAGGCGCGGUGGCAGCAACAGCGUCAGCAGCCACGGCGACGGUAACCACAGCAGUGGCGGCGGCGGAGGCAGCAUCAGCAGCGGCGGUGGCGGCAGCGCGGCCCAUUUCAGGUCUCCAUGGCAACAGAGCGUGAACGUGUUCGGCUCGUGGAGCAGGCCGGAGUGUGUCGAGGAGCUGCACCAGCAGGCGCAGCUCAACCUCCAGAGCCUGCUGCAAGAAUUUGAGGAGCAGUUGUACGACACCAAGCUGACCGGCCAGACGUUUCGCCAUCCAUCCUCGCAGAGCUCAGACGACACGUCCACGUCGCUCAGCCGCUCGCCAGUCUCUCUCAACAGCAAGAGGCCGGACUUCAUCUUCCUGCCGGCGUCAAAGCAGCUCUACGAAGAUGAAACCACCUCCUCCGUGUUUGGCUUGAGGUCUGUGGUCAACCCGUCACCUUCCCCGACCCCGUCCCCCUGCGGCUCGGAUCGCCCCCCUCUGGGCUGGAGCAGCAACAACAGCAGCAGCAGCACAGCUACGUCCGCCACCACGGGGCCGCCCGUCGCCGAGAAACCGCGCUGGCACCCGUUACGACGCACGCCGGCUCACUGCAUGCCCCUCGACGUUACAGGUGAAGUGGGAGCAGUGAAAUUCCACGGUGUCGACCUCCUGCAGCACUCCCCUUCCCCGUCCCCCUCUCCUGGGGACUCCUAUCCCCAGCAGCCCCAUUCUCUGGAGCUCUUCACGGACACACCACAUCAAAACCUCCCAAUAAGGAAGACACACUCAGAGCUUGACACAACCCUGCCCACAGAUAACCGUUUGGGGCAACGCCCCCCGGAGCUGCUUCAUACAGCAGCUAUGGACCACUCUGGGUUGCUGUGCUCCAACACACCCUCAUCCACCUGGAAUGGCCCAAAAGGAUCCACAUUUUCUCCUGCUGCGUGGAAUGAGACGUACAACUACAACAUGAGCAAAGGUCCAGCAGUUCCUCCCAAACAUCACAGUGUCAUCGGUCAUGCUGGUGGGAUACAGGACGGGGUCAUGCUGGUGAGCUCGGGACAGUCUGUGAGCUCACACUCCAGCUCGUUCACGUGUGUGACGGACCCGACUGGGAGAACAGGAAACGGCGGGUCAGGGAUCUCUCCGCCGGUGGUCACAGUGGGAAAACGGAGGGAAACAGAGGGGGCACCAGCAGACGGAGGGCGAGGGGGUGGUGCGGAGGCAGGGCGAGGAAGGCAGAGGUCAGCACGAUCCAUAGCGGCUCAAAACGCCUUCAAGUUCCGGGAACGUUCCCUUUCCACGCCCACUGAUUCCGGGUCCUUUUGCUUUACAGAGGGUGGGAUAGAGCCAGACUUGACCAUCACCACUACUGGUAAUGGGAACACUAUGGUAAUGGACCACCAUCAAGAGCAUCAUAACUAUCUGGGUCACGGGGAGAACUAUGCCCUUCUUUACCCUAGAGGAAGUUCUGAGGAUAGUGCAAGUACUACCGACACUAUUUCUGUCACGGCUUCGGAUUACAGCACAGAAGGACGCUUGCGUCUUCGCUCUCGUUCGAUCUCACUUAAGAAGUCCAAGCGCAAGCCCCCACCCCCUGUGAGAAGUGUUUCCUUAAUGAAAAACCUUGGAGAAGCGGAGGGCAGAAUAAGGCAUGGGGGCGGUCUUUACCGAGAUGGCAGACCAAAGAGCCUGCACAUACCCAGGGACAACUUCCCAGAAUUCCAGCCAGAUUUCCUUUUGACAAGCUCUUCUUGCUCCUCUAAAGCCAGUGUAGGGGAAAGGGAGCUGGGCCAAGGGGGUAACGAUGGACCUCCAAGUCUGGAAGUCCAGGCACCUGAGAGGGAAGGAGAAACACAGAUGACCUUCCCAACUCACUGGCAGCUGGGAGAGUGGAAGAGUAAUGACCCCUACAGGUCUUUAUCAGGCUCCAGCACAGCAACAGGUACCACAGUGAUUGAAUGUAUGAAAGUGAGAAGUAGCUCAGAGUCUCUUCUAGAUUCUCCCUCCACGUCCAGAGCCACGUCCCCUUCACAGUUAUCCAUGGAGACCGACCUUAAGGCUUCCUCACCCUUAAAGCCUCCAGGACUUAUAUCUCCCUCAAGUGGCUAUUCCAGUCAGUCAGAGACUCCUACUCCAACAGUUCCCAUGAAUCAUGGGACAGUAGGUACGACAGGGUGCAAGAUGCGUCCAAAGAUCCCAGAAAGGAAAUCUUCGCUACCGUCACCUAAGGACCCAGCUGCCAGGUCUAGACUGUCGUUUGAAAUGCCUGGUAAUGCACAUUUGGAGCUGUCAUCGCUAAAGCCAAAGCAGAAGGCAAGCAGGCGGCAUUCUGACACCUCUACUGCUGCCAAACCAGGAAAAACCAGCCCCAGUUCCUCACAGGCAUUACCUAUGGUUACCCAGAACGAGCUAAAGACCAUUAGACUUCGGUCUGUUUCGCGAGGAGAUCUGGAGGACUGCCCCGAUGGAGCUUCUGACACAAUUGAAGAAGAGCAGCAUGGCAGAGACAUCAGCGACAACCCAAGCCCACCACCGACUCUACCAAAGCCUAAACCACCUGUAGCUGUCAAGCCUCCAUUGCCCAAACGGCCCAUGAACCUCCUCCUUAAGUCUCCUUCUCCUUCCUCCACCUCCCCUCUUGCUAUUGAAUCUCCUCCUGCCUCACCUGUGGAACGUCCAGUGCCUCUUGGCAACAUCUACAAAGUCAUGAAAAAGCCCAAACCCAAAAAGCCCCCACCACAGACUCCAACAAGUCCUGCCGCUCCCCCAGAUUUGAAUUCCGCCAGUGUGCCACCCACUGCCUAUGACCACCCAUUCCUUCCUCACUCCAAGUCUCUGUUUGACCUCCCACCACUCCCUGAUCCCCAACCUUUGCUGGAAGACCCAAUGUUGGAACCUGAAUUUGACGGAGAACCAGAUAUCCGUCUAGCACCCGAGGAUGGCGGUUCACUUCCUUCUCCAUGCAGCUCCCAAGAGGGCCCUGAGCUCCAAGACAAGAGCAAGACUUUACCUUCAAGGAUGACAAUCUCCUGUCUGGCCGAACUGUCUGACAAAAAGAAACCCAAGGUUCCGCCUCCAGUUCCCAAGAAACCAAAUGUCCUACUCCUUCCCACACCACUACACCCUUCCACUAAUGGGAGUACAGACCGGCAAAUUCCACAGUCUGACAGCCCGGUGGGUCUGCGGUCUCCAGUUGGAGCAUUUGCACCAGAUGACAUGCCAGCUAGUUCUACUGGUCUUGACAUGUCAGAGCAGGACGAAAACCACUUGGGACCAGAUGAGAACAGCUCAAAAGAGUCAUCUCUACAGUCAUCACUCCAGGAUUCCUCUCUCACGGAAAUUGGAGAAAAGAUGGCAAGCACUGGUAUCGGGGCAGAUGAUUUAGCCGCCGAUGAGAAGACUGCUCUCCACAUCGCUGAGGAAACGGAAGAUGACUUGUUGACCAGCACUCCUACGACACACACCACCGAGGACUUAUUCACCAUUAUACACAGGUCCAAGCGAAAGGUUCUGGGCCGUAAGGAGCCCUCGGAUUCUUUUGGCAGUCGGCAGAGCCUGGUGUCGCCCGUGAAGCACAGUGCCAUUGUGAGCGACCAUCGGAACCUAACCUUGGGCAGCAGCCAGAGGUCGAGCUCUCGCAACGAGAACUUCAUGGCCCUGCUUCAGAAGAAAGGCAGCAAGUCUUCCAGCGGAGGAGCAAGGGUGUCCGCAAUGGAGCUCCUGAAGAGCACAAACCCUCUAGCGCGACGUGUCACGGAAUUCUCAAACGCCAACGCAUCGGCCGGCGAGGGAGGGGAGGUGCCGUCUGCGUCCGACAAACUCAACGAUCAGUGAAUGGAAAUACAAUUUCUAGACGUUGACCUGGUCUGGAUCCUGUUUACUACAACACAAACCAACUCUACAAUCUGCCACACACAGAGGACGGUUCCUGAACUUUCCAACCUCUGACUGACCAUUUGGCUUGUCCAAUGAAAUUGGAGCACAUUUUUUGGACAAAAUGGUCCUUCCUAGGGUUGGAGCUCAGUGUUUGCCUGUCAAACUCAUCAGAGGAGAUAAAAGGUUGUUUUUUAACUAUAUGUAAAUCUAAAAAAACUCCUGUUAAGUGAGGAAAAUGUAUGGGCAGAUGGACUUGUAGAGAUUGACGCUGGGAAUGUAGAGAUACACGAUGGAUAUAUAUAUAACAUUCCUUUUGGUUUGGCAUUAACAACAGAUCCGAAUCAUACAUGAAUCUACAACAAUACUGAUCUACCACGACACCAUUGAGGACAAGGAAUCGACUUAAUUCAAGAAAUAAUUGGAAUACAAUUACAAAAUCUGCCUGUGAUUCAGUUGCUCUACAGGUGUAACACCUGUAGGCCUCUACGAAGUUGAUUGGUUUUGCGAUGGGGAAACUGAGGAAGGUAAACUUGGACAUUGUGGCUCUGUUUUCCUCCCCACGGUCAAUGCAAUAGCAUAGCAGCCCAACAGCGAAGUGCCAGAUUGGACAAAGACAAACUGCAUGGGGGAUUUUUUAUUUAUUUUUUUUUUUGCCACCAAAGAUGAGGCAUGAGCAUGUCCCUCAUUUUGUUGCUCGUGCUGUGACCGUGAACGUGGAUCUUCGGUAAGCAUUCCACAGAGGCACCAAGUGAACCAACUCUGCUUGGAAAGCGAAGCACUUUUCUUUCCUUUGGCCUCAGAGGUCGUUUACAUGGCGAAAUCCCGUUUUUUGCCGCUUUGCAUUUUGUUUCCCCUCGUCGUCCAUUAUCUUCUUAAUCUGUUUUUAGAUGUUACGUUUUGCUCCUAUUUUUUUAUACAUUCUAAAUGUCUAUUUACUGUAUAUGUUUAAUGGGAUUAUACUGUAUGUAUCAUGUACAAAGAUAAAUGGAAAGCAUCUAUCAACAAAGACUCAAAAUAGUGUACAAAGAUGUGAGAAGCUUGGACUUCAAACUGUCCAUGCACACACUUUCAGCACACACACUGACUAAAAAAA